GGCAUGCUUCUUCACAAUUGCGUUUGUAGAACAAACAGAGUCACACGUUCUCUCUUUAGGUCUUCGUCUCCAGGGUUCAGGGCACAGUUGCAGAGAUGGCCGAACAGACCACCGUCGCCGCCGUCUCCGAUUUGCCGAUGAAGAGGCCAAGAGAGGGAGAAGAGAACGGCGCCGCCGCGUUUGAGACGAGUGGGUACAUAUCAUCGGUCAUUCCUGGAUGGUUUUCAGAGAUUAGCCCAAUGUGGCCCGGAGAAGCACAUUCUUUGAAAGUGGAAAAAAUCUUGUUCCAGGGGAAGUCUGACUAUCAAGAUGUUAUGGUAUUUCAGUCAGCGACUUAUGGGAAGGUUCUUGUUUUGGAUGGUGUAAUUCAACUUACGGAGCGAGAUGAAUGUGCAUAUCAAGAAAUGAUAACUCAUCUUCCCCUUUGUUCCAUCCCAAAUCCAAAAAAGGUUCUGGUUGUUGGUGGAGGAGAUGGUGGUGUUUUGCGUGAAGUAGCUCGCCAUUCUUCAGUUGAGCACAUAGAUAUAUGUGAGAUCGAUAAGAUGGUGGUUGAUGUUUCUAAAGAGUUCUUUCCUGAUGUAGCUGUUGGGUAUGAGGAUCCUCGUGUCACACUCCACAUUGGCGAUGGAGUUGCAUUUUUAAAGGCUGCUCCCGAGGGAAGUUAUGAUGCUGUUAUAGUCGAUUCUUCGGAUCCCAUUGGUCCAGCACAAGAACUUUUCGAGAAGCCGUUCUUUGAGUCAAUUGCAAAAGCACUUCGGCCCGGUGGUGUUGUUUGUACACAGGCCGAGAGCAUAUGGCUCCAUAUGCACAUCAUUGAAGAUAUCGUUACAAAUUGCCGCCAGGUUUUUAAAGGAUCCGUCAAUUACGCAUGGACAACCGUUCCUACAUAUCCAAGUGGUGUUAUCGGGUUCAUGUUAUGUUCAACGGAGGGACCCGAGGUUGAUUUCAGGAACCCGAUCAACCCAAUAGAUUCAAACGAUAACGAGAGGCAAUGCAAAUCUGUAGCACCACCCUUAAAGUUCUACAACAAAGAGAUUCAUUCAGCUGCUUUCUGUUUGCCAUCUUUUGCAAAGAAAGUGAUUGAAGCCAGAUCAGCCAAGUGAUGAUUGUGGAGUAAAAUUGCAGUUAGCAAGGGAAGGCAAAGAAUAGGUGGUGUAGAGUUUCUGGGCUUUCAAUCUUAAUGGUUCAGAUGUCUUAAUCACAGCAAUAAGUUGAGGGUUUUUGUUUUGGUGGAUUCUAGUAAGUGUUAUCUCGAGUAGAUUUGGAUUAUGAACUCUGGAUUUCAUGGAGUCAUAUUGGUAGAUUUUAUGCAUGAUCUAUAUGAAUAAUGUUGUAAAUUCUUCUAGUGAUCAUCAAGUCACUUUCAAAGUCUAUUGAUAAGAGUUCUAUUUUGUGUUC